GAGCCUCAUAAGCGCAACUACAGUAGGAGCUUAUCGUUGAGCAGAGCGCAGCGUGUUCGCAUUUCAGUCUGUAGUUUAUGCAUAGACGUCGCGAAACCUCGUUAUCUUUAUUCGGAUCCUCGGCAUCUCUUGUUUUCCUUUAAUUCCAGCCUUAUGAGAUGGAGAAGAGGGCGCUUUGGACAUCCUGUUAUUUUGUGCGCUUUGUAACCCUCUUCCUCUGCGCUCGAGCGUCAGGCAACCUGCCACUGUGUAAAGAGACAGACUACUACUUCGAGUACACAGAGUGUGACAGCACAGGCUCCAGAUGGAGAGUUGCCAUUCCUCACAGACAGGGAAGCUGCUCAGGCCUUCCAGAGCCUGUCAGAGGCACAGACUGCACUUUUUCUUGUGAAGCUGGGAAGUUUUUAGAGAUGUCAUCCCAGCAGUGCACAUCAUGUGCGGCUGGCUCUUAUUCGCUGGGUAGCGGCGUGCGUUUUGACCAGUGGGACUCCAUUCCUGCGGGAUUCAGCAAUUUGGCCACAUACAUGGACUCAGGAGGUUCAGGAGACGACUCAAUGACCUGCAACAAUUCUUCAUGGACACCUCAGGGAAGUCACUUGGAAUCCAAUCGUGACGACUGCACAGUGUCACUGGUGUAUGCAGUGCAUCUCAUGAAGCAGGGCUCCGUCUCCUUUGACUAUCAAUAUGUCGACAGCAACGUCUUCUUCGAGUUCUUUAUUCAGAAUGACCAAUGUCAGGAGAUGGACCAGACAGGGAGUGAGAAAUGGAUCAAACUCACCUCUAACGGAGAGUGGGGAACCCAUACGGUAAACCUGAAGUCAGGAACUAAUAUUCUGUACUGGAGAACCACAGGAAUGCUCUUGGGUGGGAAACCAGUGAAGCCGGUCCUUUUGAAGAACAUCCAGAUCGAAGGUGUGGCGUACACCUCAGAGUGUUUUCCAUGCAGGCCGGGCACCUUCAGUAAAACCCCAGGCUCUUCCUCAUGUGACCUUUGCCCCAGGAACACUUACUCUGGAAAGGGAGCCAGUUCAUGUACACCAUGCUCCAAAACACAGUACUCCCGUUGGGAAGUGGCUGGCGACCACAUUCGUAUCGGAGUGGGCGGCUCAGAUAAUGAUUACCUCAUCUUAAAUUUACGAGUGCCUGGAUUCAAACUUCCUACUUCUGUGAACGAUGCUUCAGCUACUGAGUUCGGCCGAAUCACGUUUAUCUUCGAGACCAACUGCAGCGCAGACUGCGAACUCUAUUUUAUGAUAGACGUAAACAGGAAGAGCACAAAUGUUGUGGAAUCAUGGGUAGGGAGUAAACCGAGACAAGCGUACACCCACACCAUGACCAAAAAUGCUUCGGUUUCGUACACAUGGGCUUUCCAGCGCACCAACAAAGCCUCUGAUGUGCGUCAGCAUGUAAAUGACAUUGCAAAGAUCUACUCGAUCACGGUGACUAAUGCGAUGGAUGGCUCAGCGUCUGGUUGCCACGCCUGUGCUAUGAUGAGUCAGCAGGACGGCUCUUCCUGUGUCCCCUGUCCCGCCGGACACUUCAUCAACAAAGACACCAACCAGUGCCAGGAGUGCCCGUCCAACACUUUCCUCUCUGGGCAUCACAUUUAUGGCCAGGAGGCCUGUCAGCCCUGCGGACCUGGAAGCAAGAACAACAAGGAGCACUCUGUGUGUUUUAACGACUGCACCUUCUCGCAUAUGGAUCGAAACCGAACGCUGACCUACGACUUGAGUGCCUUGAGUUCAGUGGGGUCAAUCAUGAAUGGGCCUAGUUUCACCUCCAAGGGAACUAAAUACUACCACCAGUUUAAUAUCAGUCUGUGUGGGGCUGAGGGGAGGAAGGUGGCGGUGUGCACUGACAAUGUUACAGAUCUGUCCAGUAAGGACCUGCAAAAUGAAUCCGCUGACCUUAACAAUUUCGUCGAGACUUUUGUGUGCCAAUCGACCAUCAUCCCUGCAGAUGGACGGGGCUUUAGAACAUCACUGUCGUCUCAGUCCAUCAGCCUGGCUGACACUUUCCUUGGAGCUUCUGUUCACAAAAAUCUGGAUGGGGUCACUGUCAGCUCAGACCUCUUCCCUGAGUCUUCAUGGAAAGUUCCAGAUAUCAACUUCUUCUAUCGCUCUCCACAGCCCACAGCAUCCUGUCUGAACGGCCGGAGCACAGUCGUGACUCUGCGUUGCAAUCCUGAGAAGAGUGCACGCGGAGAGCUCACUGUGCCUAGCAAGUGCCCAGCAGGUACAUGUAAUGGCUGUGAGUUUAAUUUCCUCUGGGAGAGCUCUAGCGCUUGUCCUCUCUGCACUGAAACCUACUACCAUUCGAUAGAAGGAGCGUGCAAAGGAGGAGUGCAGGACACCCUCUAUGUGUGGAACGAACCAAAAUUUUGCACUAAAGGGGUACCGCUCCCGAACAAGACCUCCGCCCACUGUGAGGUGGUCAGCCUAUGGGUGAAGGCCGGAAUUGGGGGCGGAGCCUUCAUGGCCAUCCUCUUGGUUUCUCUCACAUGUUAUUUCUGGAAAAAGAACAAAAGGCUUGAAUAUAAAUACUCCAGACUAGUGAUGUCGGCCAAUAAGGACUGUGAGUUGCCAGCAGCGGACAGCUGUGCAUUAGCAGAGGGAGAAGGGGAGGAGAAUGAGGACGAUGUUGUUUACUCAAAUACUCCUUCGUUACUGGGUAAACUGAAAGCUAUCGCAAGCAAGGCAGACAGAGACAACAGCGAGUCAGUACAGCUGAAGUCUUCUCAGUCAGAGAGAUGGGUUUGGGGAUAACUGGAAAAAAGAGGACCGCUACUGACGGAGAGAAAGAGAUAAACACUCAUGGAGUUUUCAGUGUUUUGACACUCCUGCUUCAGUUUCUUAAUAUUUCCAGCCGUCCCCCGUCAAACGUCUGAGAACAUAUCUCUGUAGGGUCUCAAUACAAUGUGUUGUGAGUCAAAAAGCAGGAAAUCUCUCUAGGUCAAAUAAAAUUAGCCCCAUAAAGUAACUGUAUCACAUAUAUACCGCUAAAACAUGACAAAAGUUACAAAGCAUUGCUUUCUGAAACACAUCACAAUAUACUAAGCAUACACCCACGAUCUCACCCAGACACAGGGGCAUCAGAGACACAUUUGUAUCAUGGGUGUGUGUGAACAAUUGAACCACUAUACUGCAAAAUGAGCCUGAAAAACUGUAUGUUUGCUGGUAUGUGUAUAUAAGAAUGUUUCAUUUUUAAGGUAUAUUUUUCCUGCUUCUUCACCCACUAGCAUUCAUGCAAUUAUAUCUAGUGGUUGGCCAACAGAUGGAGACAGAGAGUCUUACCGCUACACAGAGCUUCUUUAGUUUCAUCUCAAUGCCAAACAUCACACAGCAGAUCUAAAAGAGAGAAGAAAGGCCCUUCCUUCAUGUAUUACAGAGAGGACCGUCCUCUCUCCACAUCUCUCCUCUGAGGAGAACAAGAGACAAUACCGUUUUCUACUUUGUAUUUUGUAUUGUUGUGUAUUUCGAGCUGUAUAAAGUUAUGUUGAAAUAUGUUUUGUUUUACUCCCUGAUUCUGUUUAUGCUUUAAUAAACUUUAAGAGCGCUUUAAACACGGAGCAAGUGUGUUAAGCAUACAGAAAAACACACCAG